UUUUUUUUUUAUUCUUUUGAAUGUAUUGUAUAUAUUUUUCUUUUUUUGUAAAUGUACCAGAUUGAACCAUUUCUCAAAAAUGAAAACACCAACACCUGGAAAUGCAUCACCUUUAUUACCGAAGAAACCUCCUGUACGAAGACCUAGUUAUCACCGACGAAGUUCAUCGUUUGAAGCAUCUAUUUACAAUGGAACAACAGCUCAAGGUAUGAGGUAUAUCAAAUCAAGUCCUGAACAUCUUGAACCUCUUCCUGGACUUUCCACAAUUCAACUUGUUUGUUUAAGUCUAUGUAUGGCAGGUGUUCAAUUCACUUGGACUGUAGAAUUAUCAUAUGGUACACCUUAUCUAUUAUCACUUCAUUUAUCUAGAGAACUUACUGCAUCAGUUUGGCUUGCUGGACCUCUUUCAGGUCUUAUUGUACACCCUAUUAUAGGCGCUUUCAGUGAUAAGUCUACUUCCCGAUUUGGAAAACGCCGACCAUUUAUUGUAGCUUCUGGUAUUUUGACAUGUUUAUCUAUGCUUGGGGUUGCUUAUGCAAAAGAAAUUGGACUUUAUUUGGCUGGGAAAUUUCACUCUGAUGAUCGUAUCUGUAUCAUUUUAGUGGCUGUGGCAUCAUUUUAUUUUUUGGAUUUUACACUCAAUGCAGCUCAAGCAAUAUGUCGUGCUUUGAUACUUGAUAUUCCACCUCUUUGGCAACAAGAUGAAGCAAAUGCUUGGAGUGCUAGGAUGUCCAAUUCAGCAAUGGUGAUGGGAUACCUUGUUGGAUCGUUGGAUUUAGUCAAACAUAUGUCAUGGUUAGGAAAUUCUCAAAUGAAGGUCUUUUGUCUCUUAUCCAUCCUUGUAUUUUGUACUACUUUGGCAGUAACAUGUUUUUCCACUACUGAAAAGAAAAAUGAUCGAACAAAUCAAGAUAUCAAUUUACGUUGGCAUCAUACUUUUCUAUAUAUUUGGAAAGCUCUUCGACAACUCCCUACACCAAUUCAAACAUUAUGUAAUACUCAAUUCUUUGCUUGGAUGGGAUGGUUUCCAUUUUUAUUCUACAGCACACAAUGGGUAUCUGAAUUAUAUUUUGCAGCACAGACACAUCAUGGACAGAAAAUACCUGGCAAUUGGGCAGAAGGAUCAAGAAUGGGAUCAUUUGCUUUAUUAUGUUAUUCAAUUGUCUCAGUAGUGGCAGGCUUUCUUAUUCCAUUGAUAUCCAACAAUCUCAGUUCGUUUGAAUGUGUAUCAUUGACUAAUAUUUAUACUACAUCUCAUUUGAUAUCUGCUACUUGUUUACUAUCGACUUGGUUUAUUCGUUCUGUAACUGGAGCUGUGAUCAUUCUUUCUAUUAUGGGGAUAUCUUGGGCCGUUGUAUUAUGGGUUCCAUUUUGUUUGGUAGGUGAAUAUGUUAGUUAUGUAGAUGAUAUUAGACAUGGUGAACAAGAACAACAACAACAAGAAAUUUAUUAUGGAUCAUCAUCAUCAUCAUCAGAACGUCUUUUAGAACAACAAGAUAGUGAUGAAGAAUUUGAUGCAGGACUUAUACUUGGUGUACAUAAUAUGUAUAUAGUAUUCCCUCAAUUUGCAGUGGCGGUCAUUUCUGCUUUUAUUUUUGCAGCAAGUGACUCAUUGGAUGAAGAACAAAAUGAAACCAAUCCUUCUAGUGUGGCUAUGGUCUUGACUUUUGGUGGAUUGAUGGCUUUAGUUGCAGCUGGUCUUAGUCGAUAUAUAGUACGAGUUAAGUAGAUCUUUUUUUAAAUUUUUUUAUUUUUAUUUUUAUUUUGUUUUAUAUAUCUGUUAUUCAAAUAAAAUCAAACAAAUUAUUCUCA